UGUCAAACCAACAUUAGCAAUCGCUUGAAUCUAGCCAUUUCGAUUAAUCCGUAUAUUUCAAAAUUUAAAACCCAAAUAUCAACCUAACUGUUAAUCACCACCGUUCAUCCUCAUCAUCAACCUCUAUCAAUCCAACAAUUAUUAAUUAAAAGAUAUCAGCCGGUAGAUCUCCCGUUAAUAUCUCUCACCUUUUAAAUAUAAAACGCCUUUCUCAGGGUUGCCACUGUCUUCUCACUCUCACUCUACUCACUUCAUUUCUGAUCAUUUCUCUCUCAAUCAACUCAUCAGGAAAUAUGAGGGAAAUCCUACAUGUUCAGGGUGGUCAGUGUGGCAACCAGAUUGGAUCAAAGUUCUGGGAAGUUGUGUGUGAUGAACAUGGAAUCGAUCCAACUGGAAAGUAUGUUGGAAAGUCGGAUUUGCAGUUGGAACGCGUUAAUGUUUACUACAAUGAAGCUUCUUGCGGAAGGUUUGUCCCACGUGCCGUUCUCAUGGAUCUGGAGCCUGGCACCAUGGAUAGUGUUAGAACUGGUCCCUAUGGGCAGAUCUUCCGCCCUGACAACUUUGUAUUUGGCCAAUCUGGUGCUGGUAAUAAUUGGGCAAAAGGACAUUAUACCGAGGGUGCAGAACUUAUUGAUUCAGUUCUAGAUGUUGUGAGAAAGGAAGCUGAGAACUGUGACUGCCUGCAAGGAUUUCAAGUCUGCCAUUCUCUUGGCGGGGGGACUGGUUCUGGGAUGGGUACCUUGUUGAUUUCAAAAAUAAGAGAAGAAUACCCUGACAGGAUGAUGCUUACGUUUUCUGUGUUUCCAUCACCAAAGGUCUCGGAUACCGUGGUAGAACCUUACAAUGCCACCCUUUCUGUUCAUCAGUUGGUAGAGAAUGCAGAUGAAUGCAUGGUGUUGGAUAACGAAGCCCUGUAUGAUAUCUGUUUCAGGACUCUAAAGCUUACAACUCCAAGCUUUGGUGAUCUUAACCACUUGAUUUCUGCAACAAUGAGUGGAGUUACCUGCUGCCUUCGGUUCCCUGGUCAACUGAAUUCUGACCUCCGCAAGCUGGCUGUAAACUUGAUUCCGUUCCCUCGUCUACAUUUUUUCAUGGUUGGGUUUGCUCCUCUGACUUCACGUGGUUCUCAGCAGUAUCGUACCCUUACAGUUCCUGAGCUGACCCAGCAAAUGUGGGAUUCAAAGAAUAUGAUGUGUGCUGCUGACCCACGACAUGGCCGUUAUCUCACUGCUUCAGCCAUGUUUAGGGGUAAAAUGAGUACCAAGGAAGUAGAUGAGCAGAUGAUCAAUGUUCAAAAUAAGAACUCCUCUUACUUUGUGGAAUGGAUUCCCAAUAAUGUGAAAUCAAGUGUCUGUGACAUUCCCCCGAGGGGCCUUUCAAUGGCGUCGACUUUCAUUGGGAACUCGACCUCUAUUCAGGAGAUGUUCAGAAGAGUGAGUGAGCAAUUUACUGCUAUGUUUAGGAGGAAGGCUUUCUUGCACUGGUACACUGGUGAAGGUAUGGAUGAAAUGGAAUUCACUGAAGCAGAAAGUAACAUGAAUGACUUGGUCUCAGAAUACCAGCAAUAUCAGGAUGCAACUGCUGAUGAGGAAGAUGAGUAUGAGUACGAGGAAGAAGAAGAAGGCGCGGACCAAAUGGCAUAAUCCUAUGCUUGAACUUGGUCUAUCACAUAUGCUUAUAUCGUCUUUGAAUUGGUUGAGAGUCCGUCUUAGGAAGGGACAAACCUGAUGUAGACUAAAAAUUUGAGUACUUGCUAUAUAUUGUUCUGCUCUCCAUGUCAACUGGGUAAUAAUGGUAGAUAUCUCAAGGGGACAGAGUUUAGUGAUGUUGUUUUGAUAUCCAAUUCUAGUUCGGUUAUUGGACCUAUUUCUGAUGUGCUAUGAUUUCAUGACUGCAAACAUUAUAUUUGUUGGUAAAUUUGUGCGUGCUAUGAGUUUCUUGCUA